GCAUCUGGCCCCAUCUGGCAUGGAGACAAGGGGCCUAGCUUGAUUAAGCAGCUCAAGGAUGGAUGACUGAGGCUCUUGGCAGAGACAACAGGUCCUCUGUGCGUUCUUUGUAAAACUGUCCUUUGUGUUUACGUGUCUGUGAGGAACAGAAUUGUCUUGGAGAGUGGGGCGAUUAUUAGUGUUAUUGACAUGCAUUACGCUGGCUUGCAAUCUACCACAAAUAACCGGCCCUCAUGGUGCACAUUCCACUCAAAGUAAAACUCAGAAGGACUUUCCCUUGAGAAGAGAAACUUCCGCAACAGCCAAAGAUGGCGAGAUCCGUCCAUCCAUUAGAAGUGUCUCUGUCCUCAGGAUACACCCGCCGGACAGGCCUGUUCACAAGGCACAUCCUCCCCUCCUUCCCAUUCCUCUCUUUGCUCCUCCACUGUCUCCUGUCCUUCUCUACAGUGGGAGGUAGUGUGCCAGGGUUAGAGUAUGACUACGGCAUCAGCCCCAAAUUUGUCUGCACCCCAAUCCCACCGGAAGCAGAUCCCAGCUGUUUUACACCGGGCGGGCCAGCACACGGAACAGCACAUGGAACAGCACACGGGACAGCACACGGGCCCAGCAGUAACGUCCAUGGUAACGGCCACAGUAACGGGCACCACAGUCCUGUGGGAGGGGCUGCUAAUGGCGGCACACGGAGAGUCAUGUCGGACGAGGCUAAAUCCACCAUCUUGCACCUGCGGGAGAGCCUGGUGCGGCAGAAGGAGACCAUUUUGGACCAGAGGGAGACCAUCCGAGAGCUGACGGCCAAGCUCACUCUCUGCGAGGGCUUUGGUCGCGGGGUUGGUCACCACGACGACCACGAGGACCAUCAUGGGCCAUCGUCGCACCAUAGCUCGCACCACCCGGGCUCCUCUCACCACUCCUACCAUGACACCGACCACCACACGGACUCCCACUACCCCCAUAAUGGCCACCGGCCAGACCCACACCACCGGGGGACGGGGUCCCACAGUGGUAGCAAACAUGGGGCCUUUUCUGCUGAGCAGACAGGCAAGACCCUCCAGACCCUGAAGGAGAGGCUGGAGAACUUGCAGGCCAGGAACUCCUCUAGCUCCUACUCCAGCUCACUGAGGGACCUGCUCCAGAGAAAGAUUAAUGCCCUGGAGGAACAACUACACAAUCACCAUGGGGGAAACCAUGGCCCUGGUCACCAUGACGAUCACCAUGACAACCAUGGUAAUGGUCACCAUGACGACCAUCACGAUGACCACCAUGAUGAUCACGAUGAUGAUCACCAUGAUGAUCACCACGAUGACCAUCAUGAUGAUCACCACGAUGACCAUCAUGACGAUCACCACGACGAUCAUCAUGACGAUCAUCAUGGCGACCGACACCAUGAUCGCCACCAUGAUCGCCACCAGGAUCGUCACAAUAGUCACCAUGACGACCAUCACUAUGAUCGACACUAUGACCGCCAUUAUGACCGCAGCCACAGCCGUCAUGACAAUCACCACGAUGAUCACCAUGGCCCUGGUCACCAUGACGACCACCACAAUGAUCACCAUGAUGAUCACCACGGCCCUGGUCACCACGAUGACCACCAUGCCACUGGUCACCGUGACGACCACCAUGGUCCCGGUCACCACAACAACCAGCAAGGACCUGGCCACCACGAUGACCAUCACAAUGACCACCAUGGCAGUGACCAAGGCCCUGGUCACCAUGAUGAUCAUCACGAUGAUCACCGUGACAAUGGUGGACACCAUGGUAGUGACACAGACCAUCACCCCAGACCUCCCUAUGGCAGCAAACCUGUUCCAGCCAGACCUCCUGUCCGUGGGGGAGUGGGCCACGCUAAACUGGACACGGUCUUCAGUCACCUGCACAACAGGAACACUGAGCCUGGUGGCCGCAAGAAGCCGAAGAGUCCAGACGCCUUCCAGAUCGGCUUCCCCAUGAGGACCAACUACAUGUACGGAAGGGUGAAGAGGACCCUGCUCAAUGAGAUAUUUGCCCUGACCGUGUGCCUGUGGCUGAAGGGCGGCUCUGGCCCGGGUCUGGGCACACCCUUCUCCUACUCCGUACCUGGCCAGGCCAACGAGCUAGUGCUGAUUGAAUGGGGCAACAACCCCAUGGAGCUACUGAUCAAUGACAAGGCUGUGACGCUGCCCAUCUCUCUGACGGAUGGGAAGUGGCACCACUUGUGCAUCACCUGGACGACGAGGGACGGCCUGUGGGAAGCCUACCAGGACGGGGUGAAGAGGGGGUCAGGGGAGAACCUCUCAGCCUGGCACCCCAUCAAGCCUGGAGGGGUCUUCAUCCUCGGGCAAGAGCAGGACACGCUGGGUGGACGCUUUGAUGCUACCCAGUCCUUUGUGGGAGAGAUGUCUGACCUUCAAUUCUGGUCACGGGUUCUGACGCACAAUGAGAUCUUCAGUCAGGCCAGUUGUGGAGGUCACCUGACCGGUGAUAUCAUCACAUGGACAGAGGCUGUGGUGGAGUUACAUGGUGGGGUUACCAAGUACCCCUUUGACCCUUGCCACUAAGAACUAAUACCCUGCCAUUCUACCAGGGAGAACUGGAGAUGCCCUAUACUGCCACCAUAAACUGACUCUGACUUUGCCCACCUCUGCCCUGAGUCCCCUG